UUUUCUUUUCCCCCUAAUAUAUAAAAAUAUGAAAUGCAUACUUUGUAAAUGCACGAAAACUGUCUCAGGAGAUACAAGUAAAAAACAAAAGAAGAUUUGGAAUGAAAUUAUUUUGAAAUGAAUUCUAAUAUUUGUAUGGCUUCGAAGCCUGGUCGCACAUAGGGGAUUCCCCCCAGAAAAACUACAUUUCAAAUCUUGUCUUCCGGAGAAUAUCGCUUCAUUUGGAUACUGGUACAUAAAUCCAGCGUCAGAAGUUAGGAAAUAGAUAGCACAAUCUUCUCCAACCACGCGCCUCACGCAACAGUAGGGUAAACACAAAUAAAUUUCAACUUCCUUGUCGGUUUGUGUUCCCGAGUCCUGGAUGUAGUAAAACGUUGUGUAUCCGUCUGUGUUUAUUGAACGAUCAAGUGAGGAACUAUUAGCAUGGUUCUCUUCGUCACCCGUUUCAUGCUGCUUGUCACAUUUGCAAGAGCUUAUGAAAAUUUAGCGUUGAAUAAACCAGCAUGGCAGCAACAAAAAUGGCCUGAUGAACCUUACGAUGUGGAGUGGGGAGCAGCGAAGGCGGUGGAUGGACAAUAUUCUAAACGUGGUGCAGAAGGUCAAUGUACGAUAUCUAACACGCUGCAAACAACAGCGACGUGGAGAGUGGACCUGGAGAGUGUGGUCAGCAUCAGUCAAAUUGACAUAUACUACAGGACAGAUAAUUUUCCGAGCCCUGGGGCAUAUUAUGAUCGAUUUGCUGGAUUUUUCCUCUACGUUUCCAACACUACGUCAAAGGAUGAUGGCCGUCUUUGUUUCCAUGAAAUACAGAAUGUGGACCGUACACCAGUAGAGAACCAGACAAUAAGCUGUUCUGUUCAUGGACGAUAUGUGAUAUAUUACAACGAACGGAGGCCGGGUGUUAACUAUCCUAGUUAUUACUCACCACACGCAUAUAAUGAACUGUGUGAAGUGGAAGUUCAAGGAUGUUCCGACCCAACAUUUUAUGGAGUGAACUGCGACCAACCAUGUCCCGACAGAUGUCAAGAGAAAAGGUGUGACGUCAUUACAGGACACUGUCUGGGCUGUAUACCGGGUUAUCAAGGUCUUCGCUGCAAUCAGGUAUGUGGUGUUCAGACAUACGGGCUGGAAUGUUCUUCAUCAUGUGGUAACUGUAGUGAUGGAGAUACCUGUCAUCAUGUCAACGGCACGUGUCCACGGGGAUGUAAUGAGGGAGUGGAGGGAGAGAAAUGUCAGACACUCUGUCGACCUGGAUCUUAUGGAAAGAACUGCGGACAGAGAUGCAGUGAGAACUGUAACGUGACAAAUCGCUGUAACAGAUUCACAGGGGAGUGUGACGGGGGCUGUAAACCGGGGUGGAAGACUCCAACAUGUCAGCAAGAAUGUGACGGUGGGAUAUACGGCGCAGCCUGCACACAGAGAUGCGGCUCCUGUCUAGACAACAAGCCGUGCCACCAUGUUAAUGGCACGUGUUUGAAUGGUUGUUCUUCAGGGUACCUGAGUCACCUCUGCAAUAAACGUUGUGGUGAAAAGUUCUGGGGGGUUGGCUGUAGAGAUAAUUGUAGUACAGAUUGCGUUAAUCAGACCUGUCGACAUGACACUGGGGUGUGUUACCAGAAAAAACUUACAGCUCUCCCUCCAGACAACGGGUCGUCAGCAGUACCUGUCGUCGCUGGAAUCCUCGCCGCUGUCUUUGUCAUCGUCAUCGUCUUAGUGGCAAUUGUUUUCUUGAGAAGGGCAAGAUCCCAGAGCACAGAUAAAAGGGAGUCCCUGCACAAUGAGAAUAGAAGAGUACUGCAGACAAAUAUAAAAUCACAACUGAAAGCAAGCAGCUCAGAAUUCACCAACCUUUAUGCGAACACAAGUGAGAUUAAAACUGAUAACAAUGAUUCACAAAGAGUAAACGGUGCAAGUUUGGGUAAAUCAGAAGCAAAUACAAGAGAAGAUGACGUUGACAUCGACGAUAAAAUUCACGAAGAAAAUCCUUACGGAGACUUGGAUAUCAAAGAAGAAACGAUUGCAGACAUCUGGUUAUCAAAGCUGGAAGCAGUCAUUGAAGAGAAACGGAAGGAUGAAGAUGACGGGUUUAAAAAGGAGUAUGCAACUCUUCCUUAUGGAGAAAGAUUUCCAUGCAACAACGCUAAACUGCCAGAAAACAUACCAAAGAACAGAUUCAAGACUACUUUUCCUUACGAUCAUUCCCGCAUCCAACUAAAAACGACGAAAUCCGACUACAUCAAUGCCAACUUCAUUCACGGCGUUGCGGGACACAAUGAAUACAUUGCAUCACAAGGUCCUAAGCAAAACACACUGUCAGACUUCUGGACAAUGAUUUGGCAGGAGAACGUGAGACAAAUCGUGAUGCUCACUAACUUGAGGGAGGGCAAUAAGGUAAAAUGUGUGAAGUACUGGGCGGACAUCGGUGGACUUGUUACGUCUGGAGUAGUUGCUUUACGUACAGUAGAGGAAAAACAUUACGCAUUUUAUAUAAUCCGAAAGUUCAGAGUUACUAAUAAAGAGUUAAAAAAGACACACAUGGUGACACAGUAUCACUACACCGCCUGGCCGGAUCACGGGACACCGGAACCGCUCUGUCUUGUCAAUUUCCAUGAUCACGUGACGAGAACCAAAGCUAAAGUUGAUGUCGGUCCAACAUUGGUACAUUGCAGUGCCGGUAUCGGGCGUACGGGAACAUACAUCGCUAUAGACGCUUUACAUCGGGCUGGCAAGAAAGAUAAGAAAAUAAACAUUGCAGAAUACGUGAAGAAGAUGAGAGAGAAUAGAAUGAACAUGGUGCAGACAUAUGAGCAAUACAGAACCAUUUUUCUGGCUUUGAAUGAUAUGGUAAAAGCACCAACAGCUGUCCAGACAGAAGCACAGUUUGUCCAAAAAGCAGAGGAAAUUCGAAAUGACAAACCGGUGAAUCAAAGUGACCUUGGUAAAGAAUUUCAGACUCUCAUGAAAGUGAGACCUUCCUAUACGGAUGCAGAUUACAAGCUCGCACUACAAUCAGGGAGCGACAGAACCAGAAUUCUCCCACUUGACAAAUACAGUCUCUAUCUCUCCUCAAGUGUAGGAAAUCGCGGGAACUACAUCAAUGCUAUUACUCUUCCCUCUUACGACAACCAUGACGCGUUUGUUGUAACGCAGUAUCCGCAGACAGGGGACGCUGUGGACUUCCUGCGACUGCUCACUGAUCAUGAAUCAAACACCGUGAUAUGCCUGGAUGCCAUGAGAGAAGUGAAAUCCAGCAGGGAAUGGUUACCAAGCAAGAAUAGUUCAAAAUCCGUCCCUCCAUUUACCGUACAUUGUCAUCAAGAAGAUUCAACGGACGUAAAAUCUACCACACUUCAUGUUGUUAAAGAAGGGGCAAAUGACGAAGCCCGAUCUAUUACGAUUGUUGAGCCACGACUCGAAUUGCAAACAGGACAAGAAACAACACAGAUGCUAAGGCUUGUAACCUACGCUCUUAGCAGUAGAGCUGACGGACCCAUAACUGUAGUCAGCAGAGACGGUGCAACUCUUUGUGGCGUGUUUUGUGCCGCACACAAUGUUCUACAACAGUUGUCGAUGGACGGGGAGGUCGACAUUUUCGCUGCCGUCCGACAACUCCACGUCAGACGUCCAGAACUCUGCUGUAGUUUGGAGGAAUACAGGAUGAUCCAUGAUGUUGUAUUACACUACAUCCGGUCACGUGAGGGUCACUUGGAAGAUAAUAUAUAUUCCAACCAAUGAUUGAAAAACCACAUUUAUGAUUUUGAAAAAUUGAUUGGUCCCGGAUUAAGACAGCUGUAUACAAUGCGCAAAUUUUGGAACACUUUUGAAAAUGUAUUUUAUGGUGAACUUUGAUUUGGAGACUAUUUAAUUUUAUUUUAAAUAUCAUAUUUCGUUGAUGUAAAUAGGAUAUUAUGGAUGGAAAACAAAUGUAUGUGUAAUUUUACAUUGAAUGUUCAUAAUUACAAUACCUAUAGGCAGACGAAAUCCACAUGUGCAUAAUGCAGCACUAUCGUGCAACUGUUUUCAAUAAACUGGAGUUGCUGACAUAAGAAAGGAUAUACUCUUUUAUAUACACGUAACAUUUUCCCAAUAUAUAUCGCAAUCUAUUUGUAAAUUUAAACGGUUGAGAAAUAUUUAAAAUCAAAACUGGUGAAAUUCCAUUGCGCAUUAGUAGACGGAAAUUCUUAAUAAGUGCUUCAGAAUUUUGAAAUGCCCAAAUAUGGAUUAUUUUUAGAAAAACUAGUAAGAUUCGUGAUAAGCAUGCAUAAUUUAUUUGUUGUCUUACAUAUGUAUUAUAGUUUUUAUUUGUACAGAAUGAUAAACAACAAAACUACUGUUUCCUCUCGUUACCCUGAUAUGAAUGACAGACCCAGCGGACCAAUGCAUGUUUGUUUAAAGUCGAUUUCCUCCUCAUUUCUCUUAUUUAAACUUAACUACUAUUUCCAUUAAAAUAUACCUUAAUGUACACUUUUAUUUGUGAAUAAACAGUACAAAAAGUA